AACAACAGCAGACGACAAAAGUAAGUUAAUCCGUAUUUGUUAAUUGAUGGAAAUUUAGAGAAAUUGAAAAAUGAAACGAAAUAUUAAUAAAAAAUCGAAAGUUGUAAAAAAAUUUAUAGUAGAGACACCAAAAAAAAGUACUGAACAAAAUUGUGAUAUUAAUAAUGAUGCUACUUGCUGUAUAAUAUUCCCGAAUCCAGAGAUUGUAAAAAAUAAAGUAAGCAAUUCUUCUUCGGUGAUGAUUAGAAAAACACUAAGGCAGAAUAAUGAAAAAUAUUUAGUUGAUGCUAUGGAAAAAUGGUUUGAGCAAGCAAGAGACAGAGGGGAAAUAAUUACCGGACGAAUGAUUCAAGAUAAGGCAUUAUUUUUCCAUGGAAAAAUUAAUGGUACAUCAUCUUUCAAAGCAAGUAGCUCUUGGCUUUAUAACUUUAAGAAACGUUGUGGAAUUCAAUACCUUCAAAAGAAGGAAUACAACAGUUCCGAAGGAACAAAAUAUUUUUCCAAUAUUCUAAAGGAAAAAAUUAGUUCCGAAAAUCUUUCGUUGGAGAAUAUUUAUAAUGCGGAUGAAACCGGUAUUAAUUGGAAGGUUCCCGAUUUCUGUACAUCGUCGAUAGAAACAUCAGAAAUCAAAUUUUCCGGUCAUGAUGAUGAUGUUUCUAAUCGUGUAACAGCAUUAUUUGCCUCGAACUCUACUGGUAAUCAUAAAAUUCCUCUUUUAAUUAUCGGAGAAGCUAAAAUGUCAAAUUGCUUAAAGGAUUUAAUAACUAAAAAAACGAAACAUAAUCGCUUGAAUUUCCUCACAAGUAUUAAUGUCACUUAUGCUGGUCAAAAGAAUGCCAGGAUGAGCAAGGAAAUAUUCAAACUUUGGUAUGAGUUUGUAUUUAUUCCAAGUGCUCUGAAUCAUCGGACAGCGUCUGGAACAUCUGGAAAAAUACUUCUAAUUAUAGAUAAUGCACCAUGUCAUUCGGAUAUUGAUGAACUGAAUGCAGUACACAGUCAAUGUGAGGUUAUAAAUUUGCCACAUAACGUACCAUCUGUAAUACAACCCAUGGAGCAAGAUUUAAUGACAACAGUAGUAAAGAUCUAUAAAAGAAAUCUCCUCCUUCUGAUGUUUAAGGCAAAAUUAAAAAAUGUUGAUCAAUUUUGGAAUACAUUCACUCUAAAGGAAUGUUUUACAUUUCUCGCCUCAUCAUGGGAGACUUUAAAUUCUUCAAUUCUCCGUAAAGCUUGGGUACUAUUUCUAGAUAACUAUUGUGAUACAUCCGAUGUAAUUACAGUGAAACCAAACACAACAGUAUUCUUUAAUAAUCUCAUUGACGAAUUAUCAUCAUUUCCCGAUGAUAUUUGUGAUAAAUUGAUUGCACGCCUUUCGCCAGGUGCCGAUUGUUCGAUAAGAAAAUUACAGAAAGACAAGGUAAUUAUUGUCAAAUGGUUUAAGAUACGUGAUGAUUUUGGUUGGGAUCCACUGACGGAUGAGAAAAUUAUAAAUUUGACACUGGAUAAUAAGAGAAAGGAUGAAUUGUUGGAUGAUCCCCUUAGAAUAGACGGUGAAUUUCAAGAAAAUAUUCCCUUAACGCCGACAGAGAAUUAUGAGAGUGAAAUGACAUUUAAUGAGACAUGGAAGAAUGAAUUAGAGGAUGUGAAGGAUGACGAUGAAGAUCAAGUUACUUCCACAGAGGCUUUAAAUUCAUUAAGGAGAGUUAAGAAAUGGAUAUUGUCGUGUGAAAAGAGUUCAAAAAAACAUCAGCGCUUUGUUGACGAAUUAGAAAAAUUAAUAACGCAAUACUGUUAAUAUGAGUCGAAUAAAAGUAAUUUAUUUUUUUGUCUAUAAA